ACUCAAAAGAGAAACCGCGGGAUCUUUUCAAACCCUAAAAUACUGCGAUUAGAGGCACUGCCAUGGAAGAAGAGAUCGGAGCAGAGUUCAAGAGGAGUGGUUUCACGUUCGAUGAAGAGGAAGAGAUUCUCAAGAAAUGUCUCACGUUCUGUGUUAAUUACAAUCUAAAGCCUUCGGAUAUAGUUUCUAGCUGGGAAGUUUACUAUCUCAACAGGCAAUUAGAUGGGUCAGUGGUACAGAUUUCACAGAUGGAUGGAUUUUUACAACAUUUACAAAAUGAGCAAAAACAAGCAGUCAUUAAAGGGGAACCGGAUCUUCAUAUUUAUUCGAGCAAAGAUGUGGACAUGAUUUUGAAUGACGAGGAUGAAGAUACAAACGAAGACAUUCUUAAAACUCCAAAUGGGAAAUCUCAGAGCCUCCACAAGGAGCGAUUUGACUCAACACCUUACACAAAUGAAGGCUUGUUCUCUUCGGGGAAGCCUUCAAAGCAUGUGACACCCUUCGGCCAAAGAAGAGAAAAAUUUGUUGUGAGGUUCAGCAUUAAUGGCGUGCCUGAUAACGAGACUCCUGAAAAGGAAGAUAAUUGCGAGAAUGAUGAGGAUGCAAUCAUCAAGAAGGUUCAACCCCUACAAGGAUGCUCCUUGACAGUCCUUGGAUCAGGAUCUGGACUUGAAGACAAUUUCAGGUUCAUGCAUGACAAGGUUGAAGAUAGGUCUAAUGCUCUUGAUAACCGAAUCAUGAAGUAUGCCAAAGCUCUUUCUGCAUCUGGGCAAUAUGAGGAAGCAGUGGACCCUACAGCGGCUUCGCAGAAAAGCAUGUUUGCAGUAGGCAUGAUCUGUUGUGAUGGUGAAGGACACUUAAACGAUAAGUCCACCUUGUUACAAUGCAGUUUUGAGCAUUCAGGGGGGCAGCGAGUUCGUCUAGAAUUACAAAACUUAAACCAGUUUUCAAUCUUUCCUGGCCAGGUAGUAGGUAUUGAAGGGCAUAAUCCUAGUGGACACUGCUUGAUUGCAUCCAAACUUGUAGAUUAUUUUCCUUUGUCUGCCACUGUUGACCCCAUUCUACCUCCAGCAAAGAAGAGAGCUUUGAACCAUGAUAUCCAGCCAAUGGAUCAAUCUUCUACACAGUCAAAAUUAUCAAUGAUUAUUGCAUCAGGCCCCUAUACAACAACAGACAACUUAUUGUUUGAGCCGUUGACAGAGUUAUUAGCAUAUGCAAGAAGGAAGCUUCCUCAGCUACUAAUAUUGCUUGGGCCAUUUGUUGAUUCUGAGCAUUCUGAUAUCAAGAGAGGAAUUGUAGAGAUGAGCUUGGAGGAACUUUUUAACUUUGAAAUUCUCAGAAGGGUGCAAGAUUAUGCAGAACACAUGGGUCCUGAUGCACGUGUACUGUUGAUGCCAUCUGUAAGGGAUGCUAAUCAUGCCGAAGUUUUCCCUCAGCCUGCUUUUGACAUUCCAUCUGAACUUAAACUUCAGAUUUCCUGUCUCCCAAACCCAGGCAUUCUGGAAGCAAAUCAGGUAAAGAUAGCCUGCUGCACGACGGAUAUUCUCAGACACCUUAGUGGAGAAGAACUGUCGAGAAACCUAACCAAGGGAUCAACCAAUGACCGUCUGAGCACACUUGCAAGUCAUAUACUUCGCCAGCGAAGCUUUUAUCCUCUAUACCCUCCAGCCGAAGGAGUUCCACUGGACUUUUCACUUGCCGCAGAAGCUCUUGACAUCUCUGUAAUACCCGAUAUUCUUAUUCUUCCAUCCGACAUGAAACACUUCGUGAAGGUUAUAUCCCUUGGUGAAGGAGGAUCAGAGGAAGAGCGAGCGAGCUGCGUAUGUGUGAAUCCCGGAAGACUGGCCAAGGGCGAAGGAGGGGGCACUUUUGUAGAGCUUAGUUACUUUGGUGCGCCGGACCAGAUAAAUGCUGCAGUUGUCAGCAUAUGAAAACGGAAGAGCAGAGCGUUUGUCUUUCGUCAUUAUUUUCAAAUAUGAAAACCCAUUGUAUUGAAAUUCACUCACUGUACCAUAUCUUAGAAACGAGAGCUGAUCAAAAUAUCAGUAACUUUUUUCAAACAAUGAACUAAUUUGUUUAUAAGUAUAUCAAUUGCAUAUAAGCAUCAUGUAGAAAUUUUUAA